CUAACUCAACCCUUAACCUUUUUUUUUUGGUAAUAUACUUUAAAAACAAUAAUUAAGAAUAAAUUAAUUGGUUUGUGCAUUGCAUGUCAGAAUCAAGAAACUUUGAGUGUGGUAAAGUAUGGCUUCUCAGAUCCUCAGACGAACACUCGGAAGCCGCUAUCUGGCAAACCACAGGACCUUCUCUUCCGCUUCCACUCCGAUCCGUGCCACUCUUUUUCCCGGCGAUGGUAUUGGCCCCGAGAUUUCCGAAUCCGUCAAACAGAUAUUCCAUGCUGCUGAAGUGCCAAUAGAAUGGGAAGAGCAUUAUGUAGGGACCGAAAUCGACCCUAGAACACAGAGCUUUCUGACAUGGGAAAGUUUGGAAUCGGUUAGGCGGAAUAAGGUUGGCUUGAAAGGGCCAAUGGCCACACCUAUUGGAAAAGGGCAUCGUUCAUUAAACCUUACUCUAAGAAAAGAACUUAAUUUAUAUGCCAAUGUUCGACCUUGCUACAGUCUCAAGGGAUACAAAACUCGAUAUGAUAAUGUAGAUCUCAUCACAAUCCGUGAAAAUACAGAAGGCGAGUAUAGUGGACUUGAACAUCAGGUUGUGAGGGGUGUAGUAGAAAGUCUCAAAAUCAUUACACGUCAAGCCAGUUUAAGGGUGGCUGAGUAUGCUUUUCACUAUGCCAAAGCACAUGGAAGAGAGAGGGUGUCUGCCAUACAUAAAGCCAACAUUAUGCAAAAGACUGACGGUCUUUUCCUCAAGUGUUGCCGUGAGGUUGCAGAGAAAUAUCCUGAGAUACAGUAUGAGGAAGUUGUCAUUGACAAUUGCUGCAUGAUGCUUGUGAAGAAUCCUGCACUUUUUGAUGUAUUGGUGAUGCCUAACCUUUAUGGUGAUAUAAUCAGCGACCUCUGUGCUGGCUUGAUUGGGGGAUUGGGCUUGACACCAAGCUGCAAUAUUGGUGAGGGAGGUAUUGCACUUGCUGAAGCUGUACAUGGUUCAGCACCUGAUAUUGCUGGAAAGAAUUUGGCAAAUCCAACAGCUUUGCUGCUGAGUUCUGUCACAAUGUUGCGCCAUUUGGAUCUCCAUGACACAGCAGAUCGUAUUCAAAAUGCCAUCCUCGACACAAUUGCAGAAGGGAAGUACCGAACUGCUGAUCUUGGUGGCAGUUCAAAGACCACUGAAUUUACAAAAGCAAUUAUUGACCAUCUCUGAUUCUUUGCUCUGCAGUCAGCAAGAAAUUGUUAAUUUUUUUUCAGUCAAUCUCCUUUCAUUUCCCCAAAAUUUCCGGAGGAGUAACCUCAGCAUAAUGGGUAUAACAUCUACAUGUGCGACAUUACAACCAAAGACAAGGAAUGGACAAGCAUUCAGAUAUUUGUUGUCCUCUGCUGACUGAUGGCAUUGGGAGGGGCCCCUUCAAAAUGCACAUUGAUUGAUAACGCUUCCUAGUCCAUUUUGGUAUUCUUUGUCAAUAAUAUAGCUAAAUAAAGUACCAGAUGAUUUUGAUUCCUUUGUGAUUAUUAUCUUUUAUUUUAUAGUGUGAUUAUCUCAUUUUUUAUUUGUGCAAGUUGUUUGCUUGUUUUUAAUUUUGCAAAAUUCUUAUUGGUAAUAACGUUUUUAUUCCUUAGAGA